AUCCUUUAUAAACCCCAACUCUCUUCCCAAACAUUCAUUCAAGAGCCUUCAUCUAAGGGGAGAGAGACAGAGAGAGAGAGAGAGAGUUCAUUGUAGCGUCGUUUCUUCAUUCUUUCUAACAAUGGCUGGUAUUACUAAAUCCACUCUUUGUGUGGGCCUCUUGAUCAUGAUGAUGAUGGCCAUAUCAUCUCCUGUAUCAGCACAACUCUCAGUCUCCUUCUACGCAAACACAUGCCCUUCUGUCUUCGACACCGUAAGGGCUGCAGUGCGGUCCGCAAUCAAUAGAGAGGCCCGCAUGGGGGCAUCUCUCUUACGGUUGUUCUUCCACGACUGUUUUGUUAAUGGUUGCGAUGGAGGGGUUCUUCUCGCUGAUACUGGAUCAUUCGUGGGAGAGCAAACUGCUGCACCUAACCAGAACUCAAUCAGAGGAUUCAGUGUGAUCGAUACCAUAAAGGCACAAGUCGAUCGAGCAUGCGGCCGUGUAGUGGUGUCCUGUGCUGACAUCCUAGCCAUUGCUGCCCGUGACUCCGUUGUAGAACUUGGUGGGCCAUCUUACUCAGUCCCAUUGGGGAGGAGGGAUGCAAGAACUGCAAGCAGAGAUGGAGCAAACACCAAUCUUCCAGCGUUCUUCGACGACCUUAAUACACUCAUUCAGCUAUUUAGCAACAAGGGGUUUACUGCAAGGGAGAUGGUUGCAUUGUCUGGCGCACACACCGUCGGCCAGGCUAGGUGUGACAAAUUUAGGGACCGGAUCUACAACGAAACGAACAUCGACCCUGCCUUUGCAGCCUCCCGGCGGGCCACUUGCCCUAGAGCUACCGGAAGUGGCGACGGCAACCUGGCCCCACUAGACCCCCAGAGCCCAAACCGCUUUGGGAACAACUACUAUCAGGCGCUGCUCAACCGUAGGGGCCUACUUAGCUCUGAUCAGGUGUUGUUUAAUGGUGGGUCCACUGAUUCUAUUGUAACGACAUACAGCAACGAUGCCAAUGCGUUCUCAACAGAUUUCGCCAAUGCGAUGGUGAAGAUGGGGAACUUGAGCCCACUCACUGGGACCCAAGGCGAGAUUCGAACUAAUUGUGCGAGGAUUAAUUAACUAGAUUUUCUCUAGUUUUCCACCUGGUUUGUCAUUUUCAUUGAAGUAUGAAUGUUUUAAUUUUACUUUUUGGCAAGUGUAGAUGUUAUGAAGUUGUUUUCAGUCAUUGUAGUAAUGGGUUUUGUCUUAAAAAGAAUUGAGGAGAUGAAGAUUUCCUCAGUAGUAAAGAUUUGAGGAGAAGAAGAUUUCCUCCUUAUUAA